AUGGAACCAUUGUACAAACCCAAUCCCUCUUCUGCCUUCAUUGCAGCCAUGGCAGCGCAGAUUCUGGACGAUGUCGCGGACAUCUCCUACGUACUCUGGGGCGAGCUGUCUGUACGGCUGGCAGGAGGAACUGAUCCGGAUGGUGUAGAACAGUACGACAAAUGUUCUAUCGUGCUAAAAGAUGCGGAUAUGGGGGAUGCGAUCCGCACGCUCGCGUGGGAAGGGUUCCAGCAGUGUGUUCCCAAGGAGGCGUGCCCUUACGCUUAUGGGGACGCGCGGCUGGAAUUCGAAUACCACCUGCACACCCGUGGGCCGGGCAAGGCUCACGAUGGCGCCUUGCUGCUUUACCGCAAGUCCCGAGUGCUCCCCGACGUGCACGGGGUCAUAGUUCGGGCUCAGCAGCGCCAAUUUGGACCCGGCGUGCCGUACCUGAAGUCGAGCGAUCGGCAUAGGGUGCCCGCGCGCCUGGGAAACCAGGGCACUAGGGUCUGGCGCGGGCUCUGGCCUGUUCGCGGGCCCACCACAGACGUGCUGGCAGAUGCGUUGCUCCAUAUGGUUGUUUCUGACAUCGCGGACAGCGACAUGACCCAAGCCAGCACCGAGUGGCCCCGGCUACUUGGUCUUCUGCGGGAUCGCCCAGACCGGUCUAGGACGGUGCGGCCCGAGUAUCAAGCCUUGUGGACGGCGUGGGAUGCUGCGGCAGAUAUCCGGGAAGAUAGCCCUCUGAUAUCGCUGAUCGACCAGGUACUCCGGUUCCUGGAAGCAGCCGAGUUCGACCGGGCUGAGCAUACUAAUGAGCAUGUGAAGCAGGAGAAAGUUGAGGAUAUGGAGAUCGAUGAUGUGCAGGAGGAAAAUCCCGAGCAAGGAGGCCAGCAACUGGGAGAAAUCCAGGAGGAAUGGAAUGAUUUGCUUCAGAAUAUGAUGCGAGACGAUCUCGACCAGGAGGUUUUCUGGCAUCACGACCCCCCUCCUAGGGGCCAUUAG